AUGGCGCAGCCAACCUCCCCCCUCCCCGGCGCCGACCGCAUUCGCUCCCUCCAAGACCAAGACUCCAUAUUCCACGCAUUCGACGCGUACCCCUGGACCAAAGACCCCACGUUCCUGUCCGGACUCUCCGCCAUCCUCGGCCCCCCCAACUCGUCCCCCGGCUCGCCAGCCGACAUGGCCGUCCACGCCCGCAUAUUCUACUACGCCCAGCGCGUCGGCGUCCAGAUCGACUUCUCCCACUACGCAGCCUGGCUGGCCCAGCACCCCGACCACAAGCCCCCCCAGGUCCUGCCUCACGAGUACCUCUCCUCCCCGGCCGCCGACCUGUCCGAGCCCUUGCUUCCGUGGCAGCAAGCUGCCCCCAGAGCCGAUCUCUUCGUUGAUCGCAAAGCUGCCGCCGACGCUGCGGCUGCUUCUGGCGACGGCCAGCCCAGCUACCCGAUGGGGUUUGCCCAGAUGCUCGCGUUGCUCCAGCAGGGCAAGGAGAUUCCCGGCAUCCGCCAAAUUCCCGAUACGAUUGCUCGGGCUCCCUCUGUGAAACCCGUUGGCACUCGGGCAGCGCCGAGAAAACCCUGGGAGAAGCAUGUGUCCCCGGAAGCCUCGGAACUUAACCUUCCAAACGCUCUUGAUACCGAGUUCCCGCCGAUCGACACGGAUAUUGCUUACCCAUCUUCGACAGCCGAGACCGUAGCCUCUUGA